GCCAGCUCCAGGACCAAGGGAUCCUUUUGUCAAACUCGACUUAGAGCGGGGAUUGCAUAGAUAUAUAGUAGAUGCAUGCUCUUUGACAGAGAUCCGGAAAGCAAGGCCGAGAGACGAUAGCAAGCACAUACUGAAGAAGGAUUGAAGGACUGACAACGCGGAUCUUCUGGCAAGACCCUCUUUCCUUGAACACACAAGCAGCAAGCAGUAUAGCGAACCAAAUUUGAAAAGCAUACACGCACGAAUAACCAAAUAAUGUCUAAAUCGACAAUGUCAAACGGGAGCUCGACAGCUACCCAGCUCGCAGACCCCACCCUCACACACCGCUCCACCUCAUCCUCUAUCUCUACGUCUACUUCAGCUGCAACCACUCAACCGCUUCCCCCAGCGCACGUCUUCCAAACCUCUCCGUCCUCUUCCGGGCUUUCCUUGGAAGCUCGUCAUUACAAAGCACAUAACGAUAUCCCCAAUACCAUCCUCAGCGUUAGCAUCAUAAGCACUAUCCUCGGUGGGAUCCUCUUCACUUCUUUCACUCUUGUCGGACUCUCCCUGAGCGGAUGCAUCAAAUCCGGCACAAAUGGGGCAGAAUGGGGGACGUGGGCUAGACCGCAGUUGGGGGUCUAUUUCGGAUGUAUGGCCUUGUUCCACCUGAGCGAGUUUUGGACGACGGCAGGGUGGAACAAGGAUAGGUUGUCGGUGGAUGCUUUCUUGCUGAACAACGGUAACGGCUACAUCCUUGCGCACGUCGUCGGCCUCGUCGAAUACUUCGCCUGGUCGUACUUUUGGCCGAGGGAAGGGAGCUGGUGGAUAAGUUCCGGGUGGUUAUACGUCGUCCUCCCCGUCCUCCUCGCAGCCCAAGCGCUGAGGACGCUCGCCAUGGUCCACGCCGCCUCGUCCUUUUCCCACGAAGUCUCCCGAGGAGCCAAGGCUGAUGAUCAUACCCUCGUCACUAGGGGUGUCUAUCAGUUCUCCAGACACCCGUCUUACACGGGCUUCUUUUACUGGGCCGUAGCGACCCAAGUCUUGUUGGGCAACGUGAUCAGCGUCGCCGGGUUCGUCUACGUCCUCGCCAAGUUUUUCGAAGCCAGGAUCAUCGACGAAGAGAGACACUUGGUCAGGUUCUUCGGGCAGGACUAUGUGGAUUUCAGGAACAAGGUCGGGACGUGGUUGCCAGCCGGGUUGGUCGCCAAGGCAGCCCGAUGAGAUGAGGGCGAGAAGCAGAUAGGCAACCAAUCUCCACUUCAGAUGGCCAUGUUACCAAUUACCAAGAUGAAAGCUAUUAUAGUAGUAGUCGAUGGAAUGCGAUGUGAGAUUGCUUACCUGUGCAAGUUCCCAUGAUCUCUGUGUGUCUGUGUUUGAUUUGUGAUCUUCGUGCGCGCGCUAAGGGGAAAAGUCGAGGUUGAUGAUGGG